UAGCCUCUCUAGUCUCUUGUUGCUCUGUGCUCUCGUUUAAAAUUGUUGAAUUUUCAAUUUUCAAAUCGAUUUCUACUUUUCUAGUUGUUACUUGACAAGUUGUUGUGAAUUAUCGUAAUAAUUAAUAUUAAUAUUUUUCAUCUUCUAGGUAAUUUAUAUGAUCUCUUCAAAUCCAGUGUGAAAACUUUUCAAGUCAAGGAGAGCGUUUUUUAUAGAAUAUGUCACUAAAUUUGGAUCCAAGAGAGGUUUUGGAACACCUCAGCGAACUAGGCUACUCUAGUAUAUCUCCAGACCAGUUGAAAGAAUUCAUUUCAGAUUUGAAAAAAUUGAUCAAAUAUGAUGUGCGCGUUUUGGAGAAACAGAUGGAAGAAGAGAGAAAACUGCAGACCCUACAAGUACCUCACUCUCACCGAAGCUGCUCUCCAAGCACCACGACUAGCUACGGUGAAGGCAAUGUGAGGACGUCUCGUAGUAGAAAGACCGAUAAAGGAAGUGCAUGUAUAGAUUCACAACCACAAAGCUAUGUCACUAGUACUUCUCAGCAAAUGGACUCGGUAGAUUUACCUAGCAAAGAAAAAGUAGUUGAUAAAUUUGAUAGGAGAUGUGUCACCUCAGCAGGAGGCUCUAAAGAGAAUGUAGCUCCUUCAAAUCGGCCUGGAUUUAUAAGACCGUGGAAACUGUGCCCAGGAUCGCAGAAGCCGGGAGCGGCGGUGAACAGGUGUGACCCGGUGGCUCUGUACCACCAUUACCAGCAGUACUGGCGACAGAACCGGGUGCCUGGCGAGUCUGCGCACUCCAAUCUGCGCUGGAAUGUGCGCGAGAGAAUGCUCGGACAGUCCUCCUCCAACCCCACACAUCGGCCGAAUUCUCGAGCAUCAUCCCUGGACACAAUGAGCAAAAGACGAUUACAAAUGCGAUAAGAGCCAAGUUGGAUUAGCAUCAUCUGAACCUUGAAUUACUAUCAGCCUGAGAUCCGCCUUCUUCAGCUGUGAGACUUCCGAAUGAAUGUGUUCAGCCAUUAACUUGAUUUCACCAAAGUCAACAAUGCCAAUCUUAUAAUGUUUGUCUGUUCUGCUCCAGAAUACUGAUCAAGAAUGUUUUGAACAGAACAAUGUCACUAUGAGAAAGGAGUAGUUUUUCGUAAGCAAUAGAAUGAACAAUAAUUCUCCGAGUGAAUAGAACGGUUGCGACAUAUUCCUUUUGAAAUCAAGAACACACUUCUUCGUUUUACAACUCGUUAUAGAAUAAUUUUAUCACUCUACCAAAUAUUCCAUUUUAGGAUGGGAGUAGUAUUCUUGUUUAUAUUGACGCAUUGAUGCGUAAUUUAUUAUUUAUUUAUUUAUCCUCACAAGCACAAGCCAUGACAAUGAUUGUGAAAGAAUCAAUAGGCUCAACACUAUACUUUAAUAAUUAACUCAAAUAUAAAUAUUGUUCAAAUUGUUAAAAUUUAUAAACAGCCUCGCCAUUUCUCAAAAAGCUCACAAUUUAAUUUUCAAAUUGCAAAUUGGAAAGAAGUAUCAAUGUUAUUCAAAUAAAAUAGCGUCUGUCCAUAAGAGAGGUUGCAAGCAAUUGACGUAACUUUUAAAGAAAUGAAAAAACAAAUUUGAAAUUGUCAAGCACUUUGUCAUUGUCAAAUUUGUGUUUUCAUUAUGGAAAAGUACCACUACAUCACUCACAACACAACUGUAAGGUUUUAAAAAAAUAUCUGCUUAUCAACAGUUACAUUAUUUCUCUAACUUGGAAGAUUAAUAUGGUUAAAAUUUAUCAAGCUGUUCCAAACAAGCUGCUAUGUUAACUUAGGAGCUCGUAACUUAUUGUACACUAAUGAAAUUUUAUGAAUUAUCCCAUUCUAGCAUUCACCUUCUUUUCAUAUUAAGUUAUGCUCUCUAUUUUGUUGGAAACUCAAAACCUCGUCAAAACUUGAGUCUUCAGGUAAUUGAAAUGUAGGGAUUCUGAUGAAUUUCAUUGAUUUGGAAAUUUUUAUGUAGAUUUCUUAAAUUUAUCAGGAAAUUAAUUUUCUUUUAUUAAAAAUGACAUUACUUGUUAUCUAUGUUACUAAAUACCGUAUUCUUUAGUUGACCAAUGUUAUUAUAAUGUGGUAAUAAAGCUGUGUGUUAUGAAAAUGUAAAA